GUCUGAGACGAAGCUCGAAUGCGAGACACAACAAUCAGCACAACAACCUGCACCCCUGCAGCUGCAGCAGCAACAUCAGGAUGGAGCCGCGCAUAACCAAGCGUGAGCGGAAGCUGCAUCUCAGCUACGAGCUCCCGCACCGCAUCCACACCGCGCACAUUUAUCCCGUCACCGCCCCGAAUGGCUCGACUGUGGUCAUCUAUGGACACGCCCGAGGUCUAAGAGUGCUGUGGCGGGGAGGUAGAAGGCGCAAGCGGACAACACUGGCACCUGGGAAUGGAGACGACCACAACUCGAUCGAGGAUGUCUACGAGGUGGAAGAGGAGGAGCAGGACCCCGAUUGUCCUUUCCCAGGCAUCAUUCAAUAUCUGGACAUUGAGCUGGGGAGUGUUGACAAGCCUCAAGGGGCGGUGCGCGUGGCCAUGCCGACUCUGAAUCCCACCGCGGUGCCUGUCAAGCUGUUGCAGACCACAGCCGUAGUAGCUGUUGCAUCCACGGAUGGCAGCACCGCUGUCCUGAGCAUACCUCUGGCGCCGCCCACCGACGAAGAGAAGGAGCAGCUGUUGCAAGAGAUUGCCGAGUCGACUGUCAAGCUACAGGAAUCUGGGCCAGUCCCUGCAGACUUGAGCAUCAAAUACAUGGCUGCUGAGCAUCUCCCAAUAACCACAGGACCAUCGGACGGGGUCGACGGAAGUCUACACAUCGCCAGCGUGUCUCGUGCACUGCAGAUCUGGUCGCUCGAGGUGACUGGCGAUGUCAUACUGGCACUAUCCGACAAUAAGCUGCUGCGACGAGCACUCCUACCCGCGAUCGGGAGAAAAGUUCGAUUUCACCCUUCGCCUCGACUUGCUCAGAUCCUAGUCACCGACACUUCUGGUGCGGCCCGCAUCUACGACCCGUAUGCUUCCACCACUCCUCGCAGGCGCCCUGGCUCAAGCGACUCUAUGCUCAGCAACCCGACCACCCCGGCGGGAACAGGAAAAUGGGUGAUGGCAUAUCUCACACCCUUCCACGCUGAUGAGAAGAAUGCGCACGCGAGCGCCGCUUUCGCUCAGCGCAAGUCAAUAUUAGACGCGAGGUGGGCACUGUCCGGCAAAGCCAUCCUCGUCCUGCUCGAGGAUGGCGAGUGGGGCCUUUGGGACAUUGCAUCUGCCUCAACUGGGAAGCGCGUCGAGGAGUUCGCUAUACGUGGCUUCCUCGGCACGGCAGGCCAUACGGAGGCGGCAGAGCCAGCUUCAAAGCGAAAAGGAUCAUCAAAACUGGCUCCCAUGACACCCAAUACCAGACAAGCCAAAGCCGAGCAGCUUUUUUCAGGUGCGCCGAAGAUUUCAGGUGUGGCCCCUCAAGGCGGCAUCUCUAUCUCAGCGCAUCACAAUCGAACGGGUCCUGGGGACGAAAGUGCAGUCCUAUGGUACAACAGCGACAUCUAUUCGAUCAACAGUCUGCAGUCCUUUUACCAGCGCAGCACGAGCAAUAGCGGCGGACUUGGCUCACUCUACUCACCCGGCCUGACACACAUCACGGAUGUCAAGCUAUUCAGCGAAAGUAUCACCUCUAUCUCGCAAUUCAGUUCGAAGUCCUCGAGCGCCGGUAUCGGCCAGAUGAACACCCAGCGUGAUCUUCUGAUAUCAGCCGAGUAUCGCGCUAUCAUAUUGCAAGCACUGCGGACUACGACUCCGUCGCGACAGCUAUUCCAGCAACAGCUUGCGGAGCGCCAACCUGUCGAUCGCGAUCAGCGAAUGCUCGAUGCCGGCGUGCUCGACAUCGACGGAAUGGAUCGCAUGCUCGACAACAUGGCGGGCGACGCACCUGCUCCCACCGGCAGACGUGUCGGAUUUGCCGCCGCGCUCGGAUAAAUGCCAGCGAAAGACAUGACAAAAGAAAAGCAUGUGCAUUACACGUGUACCACCUAACGAUACCCAGCGCUUCUGCGCUCCUACGACUGGCACUGCUUUCCUAGGCCCUCUUUCUCUCCCCACACAAUCAUCCGUAACACCCUUCGCGUGGCAAGGUGGAGCACUUCCUCAAGGACAAUGAGACCUCGCUCAGUAUUACACGCGAAAAAGCAAAACUCCUGUUCCGCCUCGGUCCUUCGAAGAACCGUAACCUCCGUCAAACGAGGGAAGUGGUGUAAGGGGAUCGGGCACUCGCUACUCCGCCGACUACGGUCAACUGAGAGUCGAGUGAGGGAUGGGAAGGCCGAUGAAUCCUCUUGAAUGCAUCGCAUCUUCGUGGACGCGAUGCUGCGCAGGAGGAUCGGUACAUUCAUGUCGUUACUCGUUUGCUGUGGUGUGGGUGCGGGAAGAACUGCUCCUACUGCUCCUGCUGCUGUGAUAUUCUUGCUGUUUUCUCCUGAUCUGUGCAACAAAUGAGACCUCGCUGGUGAGUGAAUCCCGAUCUGUGUCCCGGUACUGAUGCCCGAUAGCAACGACCUGCGUUCCCUUCCCCUCCACUUGGGCCCUUGGAAUCACUUCUGAACCUGCCAAUCUGUGCCUGAGUUCGCAUCUUGUUUCGCUUCGCAAAUAUGGCACUGCUCCUCUCUGGGUCCCUCGAUUUACCUGCUGAUAAGGAAAAACCGCCUGCUGAAGUUGAGAACGACUGGUGUCCCGCUCUGCGCGCGCCUUCUGCGUGCAACUUUGCAACUCGCGCUCGAACAUGCCCUCUUGUCCUUCCUGUCUCAGGCUUUUCUGUCUCUAACUCCCUGUCUCGAAUCCCUCUGUCGAUUGAACACAAAAGAGAUCUUUCAUCAAUCCCCUCCUGUCACUGCACUGACACAUGAACCCGGACUCUUCUUGCACACUCAUUACAUGUUGUUCCAAGCCCUUCCCUUUCGGUAAUACUGCGCAGGAUCCGCGGCCGUGAAACUGUUGACGGAGUUGUGUCGUCUCAGUGCGAUGCGAAGAAGUCCGUCACCUGUACCGGAAGUGCGUUCUUCAUCUCGCUUGCGGAGCGUUUCUUCUCGCCGCGUGUGGCUCUCGUUGCGGCGGUGCUUGUAUUUCUUGAUCAUGGAGCUGAAAGGGUUCGCCAUCGAGUGGGAUGCAGUGGACUUUUAAUGUCUCGGAGCGGGAGUUGACGUUGCAGCAGCGGUGUGCGUACGGCGAAGCUGACUGUGCGAUUGCCCAGAUAGGCAGCUCACUUGAGGUCUAGAAUGUGUCUCUGUCUCUGUUCUGGGAUGAUAAGUGAACACACACUCGGAGUCCGCGUCUCGAGUCUCUUGCGUGAAAGUCGGAACAAUGUUGUGUCGAGGGCCUAGGGGGUAGCCU